AUGAACUUCGUCACUUUCAACCAAGACUUCUCAUGUCUUGCUGUUGGUACUCGAACCGGAUACCGGAUAUACAACUGUGAGCCGUUUGGUAAAGUCUAUGAGCAAAAGGAAGGUGACAUCUCUAUUAUAGAGAUGCUUUUCGCAACCUCUUUGGUAGCUCUUAUCUUGUCGCCUCGCCGGCUGGUCAUCACCAAUACCAAGAGGCAAUCGACAAUCUGCGAACUGACGUUCCCGACUUCCAUAUUGGCCGUCAAACUGAACCGGAAGCGUUUGAUUGUGGUUCUUGAAGAGCAGAUUUAUGUCUAUGACAUCAGUAAUAUGAAGCUUCUACACACCAUAGAGACUUCGUCUAAUCCCAAUGCCAUCUGUGCACUCUCGCCCUCAUCUGAUAGGUGCUAUAUCGCCUACCCCCGCCCCACUUCUACUUCAACACCAUUCGCACCACCUUCCCAUGCUCCCACAAAUUCUAAUGCAGCUCCUCCACCCUCUGGGGAUGUCCUUCUUUUUGAUGCCCUUAAACUCGAAGCUGUGAACGUGAUCGAAGCUCACAAAUCCCCGCUCUCUGCCGUAGCUCUUAAUAGUGAAGGUACGUUAUUAGCUACUGCCUCCGAUAAAGGCACUAUUAUCCGAGUAUUCGCGGUUCCUGCGGCACAGAAAGUAUUUCAAUUCCGGCGUGGGACAUAUCCAUCGCGGAUCUACUCCAUGUCAUUCAAUCUUAUGUCUACACUACUCUGUGUUUCAUCGGCGACAGAAACAGUACACAUAUUCCGUCUUGGGGGUAUGAUUUCUGAAGGUGCAUCCUCAAGUCGUAGCAUUGACUCUGGAGGAGGUAUCUCGCCAACAGGCUCAGUAGGCUCUUCUCCUUCAAACCAUGCAGGGGCUGCUGGAGCUGGUUUUGAACAUUAUAUGGAGUCAAGACGCCGGAAUGGGUCAGGAACAUUUGGAUCAAUGAUCCGAAGGUCGUCACAGCACAUUGGUCGCACGAUUGCCGGUGCAGCGGGCGGCUACCUGCCACAUGCUGUGACAGAGAUGUGGGAACCAAGCCGAGAUUUUGCGUUUGUGAAGUUACCAAAUGCUGGUGUGAGAAGCGUCGUGGCUUUGAGCAGCACUAGUCCGCAGAUUAUGGUCGUCACUAGUGAUGGAUAUUUUUAUGUUUAUAACGUAGACAUGGAGAAAGGUGGAGAGUGUGUAUUGACAAAGCAAUACUCGUUGUUAGAUUCCAGUGAAAAGAUGGGUCAGAGCCUUAUGUAUGAAUGA